UAAGCAGAGAAAGCAAAAGUUCUAGUGUGUUCCUUAUUCACGUUUGAAAAUUACAAACAAAAAGAAAGGCAAACAAAUUUCAACUGCAGUCAUGGUUAUAUGAAAACUAUGUUAAAAAUUUUCCAACAUAUAUGCACAAAUAAAUAUUUAUGUAUACAUAUAUAUUAAUAUAUAUAUAUGUGCGUGUUUGUGUAUAUCAUAUAUAGUUAUUUGCUUCUUUUGGUUUGCGGCUAUAGAAGUGUGUAUGAAUAUAUAUUUAGUUAUAUAUAAUGUAUGUAGACCUCCAGUGCACAAGUAUGUGUAUCAUAAACAUUUAUCAAAUUCGAUGUUCACCUCGUGUAGGUGUAAAAUUGAAAGCAACUGUCGCUUGACAAAUAUUCCGCAUGCCCUAUAAUCACUAGUUAUAUAGUAUAUUCCCUGUAUAUAUAUAUGAAAUGUUAUGUGAUGUGCAUAAAGUGGCUAGUAACUAAGACUGUACAAGUAAUAUAAUAAUAUUAAUAAUAAUACUGUACCCGUAGCUGCACAGCCGCAUAUAUCACGACCCAACAUAGCGAUUGGUGUGUAUACAAGGAAAAAUUAAUAUUUGAAUUACUGCUAUUAUUAUUAUUAUAUGUAUAUUAAAUAAAUAAAGCAUCAUUGCUAUUUUAACACAGGCUUUCGUUUUACGUGCGUAGUUUGACUUGACACAUAAACGGCGAAAUGGAAAAGUGUUUACUUUGUUUGGAAACCGACUUGGAAUUUGAGCCAAACAUCAAGGUGGACUCAACACAUUGGGCAGAAUUAAAUAUAAAGAAUAGUAUAGAAAAACAUUUAUGGCCGAUAAACAAUGGAUAUGUCAUACUUGUUGGAAAGAGUUACAUGGUUUUCAUAAGUUCUACACACGACUGGGAACUGAAACGGCUAGUGUAAGUCUACUUAAUGUUAACUCAGAAAAUAUAAAAUUGGAGAUAUCGUGUAAUGGAUCACCCAUACUAGCACCUCCGCCAGCGGAACAAACUGAGCAAAUGGUCUCCGAAACUAAAGAAAUUGAUAAAGAAGCUUUGUUUGAAGAUAGCUUAGAAACGGAAAUCUUAAUAAACCCAUCAAUACCUACUUGUGAAUUAAUUAUUGAAGAAAAUAAAUUAUCUAUUGAUGAAACUUUGUCGGAUACUGAACCGAUUGUGCAAAAGAAGCGUAGGGAUCGACCACGCAAGCAGCAAGAUGCGGAAAGCUGUCUACCGAAUACAAGAAAAAAAGUAAAAAUAUUAAAACGCCAAGGUGUAAAAGGAAAGCAAAAAGAUAAUAUUCCUUCCCGCAUAACGUCUGGUAAAACUAUUGCAGGAUCUGAUAAGGCUCUUGAGAUAAAGCCAGAAACUGACAGCUUGAUGUUAUAAUGUCUACGAUGGAAAAGUUUUUGUUGAUUCUGCGCAAAAUUUUGUGCCUUACCAAAUAUGGAAUAGCGGGCUACUUUACAUCUAUUACUUACGUGAAAGGUAAAAGUGAUGUUGAAGUAAAAAAAAAAAAAUUUUUAACUGCGUAUGGGGCGCACUGGUGCCAACAGUGAUUUGCAAAAUUUCGUUUUGGCACUUUUGCAUCAAGUUCUUGAAAGUCUGUAGGAACUGCUCGCGUCCAUCAGGCUGCAGUCGUUUCAACCAUCUCUUUCUCCUUCCUCUUACUACACGGAUGGACGACACACCUUGAGUGAUGAGAUAAUACAAAAACAUGGAAUAUCUCUUUGUGAAGUAGCCGAUACCACAAGUAUACAAGUACUUAUCUUCCAGAAAAAACUAAACUAAUAAUCUCAAGGUCCAUUCCAUCGUUUCAUUAAGGGUUAUUGUCUAGUAUGUAAUGCGGCACUCGGUAUGAGCAUGAACAAGAACUUAUGCGCGUUACUUUUUUUUCUUUAUAAAACGAUAAAACUAAACUCUCUAGUAAUUAAUGAAUAUAUUGUUUAUUCAGAAACCGGUUGGCGGCAAAAGAUAUAAGUUUGUUGUUGUUGUUUUUUUUUUUUUUUUUUUUCUGUUAGAAACGCUUUUGCGUUAUUUUGUUUAUUAAUAAAGAUUUAUUUAAUUUUUUUUUUUUUUGUUUUAGUUAUGAUUACAUUUACUUCGCUUGUUUUUACAGUUAAAAUAAAAAGGCACUUUGAAUUGACUUAAUGGCCAGAUACAAAUAAAUUUUUAUAAUAUUUAUAGUUAUUCUUUAAUUUGCAUUAAUAGAUAAUAAUUGAUAAAAAUAAGUAUUCAGUAUAUUCGAUAUGUGACGUUAUGCUCUUUUUUUUUAUAUAGACUGGCAUUGAAGCAAAACUAAACUAAAAGUUUUCCUAAUGUUUUAGAUAAGAGA